AUUGUGCGCGGCUCGGGCGAAAGCAUGAUUCUGGGCAGCAUCAGCGUGCGCUACCGCCGGCCCGUCGUCUAUCCGGACACUCUGCUCAUCGGCUCCGCGCCCGACCUGCCGCUGGGCACGGACCGCUUCAACCUGCGCGCGGCGCUGUACAGCCUCCAGCAGCGCGCCGUCGUCGCGACGGCCGAGCAGGGGUGCGUGUCGUACGACUACCGCAAGCUGAGCAAGUGCGAGCUGCCAAAGGACUUCAGGGAGGCAUUGGAGGGGAGAGGCCGGAAGACCUGAGACAAGAAGGGCGGGGGAUCGGGCAAUGCAUGCGCAGCACUGCACGAUAGGAUGAGGCCAGGAGAGCACGAGACGCACACGAGACGAGGCUGAAGGGUGAGAUGAGUUCUGGCCGGUAGCGAUCAAUGCGCCGCACGGACCACGAGUCACAAGUGCGCGAAGAAAGGAGACGGGAGAGGCAAGCCACUAGCAUUGACAGGAGGUCGACAGCGAGAGCACAGUGCACGAAGCCAGAGAGAGGGGAAGGACCUGGAGCUGAACAGCGCACUAAAGCAACCCGUAUCGCGUAAUGCGCGAAGAGGCAAUGU